GGCGGGAGCCCGGGCGGGGCGGGGCGCGGCGGCGGCGCGGGAGCGCUCACCGGAGACAAAGGCAGCGCCGGGAGGCGGCGGCGGCGCCGCGCACCGGGCGCGCACCGGGCCCCCAUCUACCCGCCGCCGCCGCCCUAUGGAGCCGCCGCCCGUCGCCUGAGCCACGUGCGCCGCCGCCGGGCCCCCUCCCCGGCGGCCCCCUCCCAGAGAUGGGCAGCGGGACCCCAUCGGCCCUGUUCCCCUGCCGCCCACCCCACCAGCCCCCUGCCUGGCCGCCCGUCCAGCGUACCCAGGCCUGACCCACCCGUUCCAGCCCCCCCGGCUCCAUGGCGAGGAUGGACCCCUGACGGCGGGCACCCACGGGCCGGAGGAGACGCCGCCAGGCACGGCCCAGGGAGAUGCCCUCGGCGGCCCUGACAGCGUCGGGUCCUGCCCUGGCCCUGCUGCCGCCCUGAGCAUCCCAUCCCCCACCCCGAGGGCAGGGAGAGGCAGGGGCCUCCCCCUGGGACCAGCAGCCAAGAUGGUGAUGUCCCAGGGCACCUACACCUUCCUCACCUGCUUCGCGGGCUUCUGGCUCAUCUGGGGGCUCAUCGUGCUGCUGUGCUGCUUCUGCAGCUACCUGAGGCGGCGGGUGAAGCGGCAGCAGGAGGAGCGGCUGCGGGAGCAGAGCCUGCGUGCGCUGGAGCUGGAGCCGCUGCACUACGAGGGUUACGGGGGCAGCCCCCCCGGCAUCGCCAUCCCCCACCGCCUCCGCCACGAUCCCCACCAUCAUCACCCCCACCACAUCCCGCCCCCCCGGCCCUGGAGCUGUCGGCAUGAAUCGGACCUGUCGAAGCCGCCGUGCUACGAGGAGGCACUGCUGAUGGCAGAGCCCCCCCCCCCAUACAGCGAGGUGCUGAUGGACACGCGGGGGCUCUACCGCAAAAUCAACACCCCCUUCCUGAGCCACGAGCGGCUGGAGAAGCAGGAGCAGCCCCCCAGCUACAAACCCCUUUUCCUGGAUGCUGGCUAUGGUUCAGCACUGCACCUGCCCCGCUCGGCCAGCCCUGGCCCUGCCUGCCCGGACAUCUACCUGCAGGCAGAGUGCUCCCCUCGCAUGUUUCCCAGCUGGACGGACUCGGAGCUCAGCAGCAGGGACACCUACGAGCCGGGACCCUGGCACCUCCCAGUCUCCAUGCCCCUCUUUGGCAGGACUACCGCUGUCUAACGGUGGCCCCGGGGGACCCCUGGACCUUGCUGUGGGUACCUCUCCAGCACCAGGGGCAGGGGGGGUGGUUUCAGUUGCCCAUGUCACCCCGGGGACACCCGCCCCAGAGUGGGCCAUUGCUGCCAGCGUGGAAGGGGCUGGUUCCCCAUCUGGCCCCCGCUGGCCCCCCCAUGGCCGGGGGCACUGGGGACCUGGACUCUGCUCUGUUUCUUAAUUUUUUUGUUUGUUACAGUUUGAGAAUAAAAGUUUGUGGCUCGG